ACUAAGGCAUAUUGGAAACUAUAAAUGAUCCAUGGUGUUUCAUAAAUUAUGCAUCACUUGAUUAGAGCUAUUGAGGAAAAAAAAGCCAUAGUAGCUAGCUGCUCUUGAGCCACAAAAAAAUGGAUUCCAAGAGCUUAAAUUGUUCUGUUAUUGCACUUGUUUCUUGCUUGAUUUUAUCUCUUUCAGUCUCAUCCGUGGCCAAACGACCACCCUCCUGUCCGCUGAAAGUAGGUUACUAUUACCAUACUUGUCCCUCUGCUGAAGCCAUUGUGAAAAACGUUGUGUACAAAGCCGUUUCUCGUAAUCCUGGCAUAGCUGCUGGCCUCAUUAGGUUGCAUUUUCAUGACUGCUUCGUGAGGGGAUGUGAUGCAUCUGUGCUGUUGGAUGGGCCGAAUUCAGAAAAGGAAAGCAUAGCAAACAAAAACAGUUUACGAGGCUUUGAGGUGAUUGAUGCAGCUAAAAAGCAGCUCGAGGCUGCAUGCCCUGGAACAGUCUCGUGUGCAGACAUUCUUGCCUUUGCUGCUCGGGACAGUUCCUACAAAGUUGGGAAAAUAAACUAUGAUGUCCAAGCAGGACGUCGUGAUGGGCGUGUUUCUAUCAAGGACGAGGCCUUGGCCAAUCUUCCCUCUCCGUUUGUCGGUGUCAAGGAACUAAUCAAGAACUUUGCAAGAAAAGGGAUGUCAGCUGAUGAAAUGGUGACACUCUCUGGUGCACAUUCUAUUGGUAUUGCUCACUGUGCUGUUUUCGCGAGCCGAUUAUACCCUCAAAACAAGCAACAAAAUCUGCCAAUUGAUCCCGAAUACGCGAGGAUGUUAAAGUCCAUUUGUCCACCAGAAGCACUUACAAAUGGAACAGGAGUAGCUAAUCCUGCUAAUCUUGAUGUUCUAACACCCAACAAAUUGGAUAACAGAUAUUACAUGGAUUUGAAGAGUAAGAAGGGACUUUUAGUUUCUGAUCAAACAUUGAUGAGUGAUCCUAAAACCGCUAAAAUGGUGAACUUUAACGCGAGGUAUGGUCGCGUGUGGGGUAAGAAAUAUGCGGAGGCUAUGGUGCAUAUGGGUACUUUGGACGUCCUCACGGGGCGGAAGGGUGAGAUCAGGAAGAACUGCCAUUUUGUGAACUAACUGUGUGUCAUUGGGAGAUCAUAGCUUGCCAUGUUGUGAACUAAUUUGUCAUUCUUUUUGCUUUAUGAGUUUUGUAAAAGCUUCUAGAACUAUUUCAAUUUUCAUUUUAUUGUUUUUGUGAGGUGUAAGCAUCCUAAAUAGUGAGAAUGGUUCAAUCUUUGUUGAAUUGUUACACAUGAAUCUUCUUAAUAAACUUUGUUCAUGAUUGAGAG